AUGGAUUGCUCGAUCAGAAAGGAUACUUUGUUAGCUAUGAAAGAGGGUUUGCUGAAAAAGUCUGCCGAAGCAUCGACAACUUCUCGUAAGCGAGGCAAUGAACUGUUGUUAAGCCAAGGUCACAACAAGGGAACUCACCUGGAGAUACUGUCCCUGUACACGCAGAGCGUGGUCCUGGCCGAAAGUGGCUCGGAGGAGCUUGCCAUGGCCUACGGCAACAGGUCUUCCCUCCUGCUCCAUUUGCGCAAGUAUGAUGAAUGCCUCGUCGAUAUUGACAGGGCCUGCCGGAUCUCUCGGUCACAGGAGUUGAAGCUUAAACUUGUGACUCGUAAGAUGAAGUGUAUGUCGCUCAUGGACAACAAGAGGAGUGUCGUCGAGGAGUCGUGGCCCACCUCCAGGGACGUUGGCGUUAAAAGGAUCGGGUCUUACGCGGCCGGCAAGCUGUCCAAAGUCAUCCCAUGUGCUUACGAUUGUGUCACCCUGGUUCACAACUCAGAGUAUGGAAGACACUGUGUAGCUACCAAGAACAUAGAGCCUGGUCAAAUUAUCGCCAUUGAGAAAUGCGUCAUGCUGUAUCCCAAGAGAGACAAGAUUUACUUGAUUUGCUCUCACUGCUUGACUUUUGCUUGCAACGGAAUACCCUGUGAGCAUUGUACAGCCGUGGUAUUCUGUUCUGAAAAGUGCAGGGAGGAAGCUUUCAUUAAGUAUCAUGAUUUUGAGUGCGCGGUUCUUCCGUUUCUCAAACUUGUCGAUGAUAAACUGCAAAACAUGGGAUCAUUACUGGCAGCCGUUCGAUUAUUCAUUAAAUCAGUCAAGAAGGAAGGGUGGCAUAAUAUCAGCAAAGAUUUGAACGACCUCAAGAGUAACUCUUUGGAAGGUUUCUUUGAUAACGGAAUAUUUCAGAGUGAUAAAUUAAAAACUGUCUGCAACUUAUUUUACAAGAUGGAUUCAGAUAAAGAUAUUUCUACUUACACCUUCAGGAUGUCUUUUAUCAAAGAUGUUUUAGGUAUACUAGUUAAUGAUACAAAAAUGUUUGGCGAUGAAAAGUCAUUCACUGAAGUUGACUUUGAUCUGGCAGCAGAUCUUAUUUAUAAAUUGAAGACUAUUGUGGACUUCAAUGCUUUCCAGUUUAGGGGUCCAAAUUGCUUGUGUAUGUCUUCAGUAGAAUGUAAAGUAAAUUGUGGAGAAAUGAAUCUUGGACUUCUCUUUUCGCCAUUCUGUAGUCUUUUAAACCAUAGUUGCAAUUAUAACACUCAUCGCUUAUUUACUGAAAACGGUCAAAUGUUUCUUUACACUGUACAACCCCUCAAGAAAGGAGAACAGUUAUUCACUAGCUAUGGUUUUCCAAUUAUGGUAGAAAAAACAAUCAGACAAAACUUUUUAAAAGAUAAUUAUGGCUUUAUCUGUCACUGCAGAGCAUGCACAGAAAACUGGCCAUCUGACUUGUUCUACAAUGCUCCACCUGAGGAAUUUGUCAAAUCAAAACUGAAGUCGGAAUUUCAGAGAGUUGGUAUUAAAGACUCAUCAUACCUUGUACUUUUUACAUCACCUUCCAAUAUUUCUUUCAAUAAAUCAGUUAGAAAUGAUAUUAUAAGGAUCAUUAAAGUUAUUCACAAUAAUUUUAGUGGUUCUGAAGAAUACAAGCACUCUUUUUCUGCUGUGUAUUACAUUGAAGAAUAUUUUGUUAGAGUUUUUGGCAUCAAGAUUUUCGAUAUACCCGGUAUUUGUUAG